AUGGUUUUUAAUGAUCAGAAUGUAGUGGAAGCAAUUGGGAAAGAGCUAUUAAUACCAGGGUGGGGUGUGAACACAACUGAUUUUUGCUCUUGGGCUGGCAUUAGUUGCAGCUCAAACAAUUCAAUGGUAGAAAGACUUGAUCUUUCUGGUUUUAGAUUACAAGGUAAUGUGACUCUAAUAUCUGAGCUCAAAGCACUGAAAUGGCUAGACCUUUCUCAUAAUAAUUUCCAAGGUUCAAUUCCAUUAUCAUUUGGGAAUUUGUCUAUGCUUCAGUAUCUUGAUUUGUCUUUUAAUAAGUUUGAAAACUCAAUUCCUAGUGAAUUAGGUAAGCUUAGAAACCUUAAGGCAUUGAACAUUUCAAACAAUUGGCUCACUGGACUUGUACCUAAUGAGCUUAAGGGGUUGGAAAAUUUGCAAGAUUUUCAAAUAUCUACCAAUAGUUUAAAUGGUUCUAUUCCAUUUUGGGUUGGUAAUUUGACCAAUCUUAAGGUUCUUGCAGCUUAUGAGAAUGAGUUUAGUGGUGAUAUUCCAUUUAACUUAGGCGUAAACUCGGAGCUUUCUUUGUUGAACUUGCAUUCAAAUCAGCUUCAAGGUACUAUUCCUGAGAGCAUUUGUGCUAAAGGGAAUCUUAAAUUUCUGGUUUUGACUCAGAAUAAGUUGAAUGGAACUAUUCCUGAGUCUAUUGGGAAUUGUAAAGGACUUUCAAGUAUUAGGAUUGGGAAUAACAAGUUGAUCGGUGGCGUCCCUAAAGCAAUUGGGAAUAUCAGUAGUCUUACUUAUUUUGAAGCAGAUAGUAACAGUUUGUCUGGUGAAAUUGUCUCAGAGUUUGCCAAAUGCUCUAAUCUUACACUGCUUAAUUUAGCGUCGAAUGAGUUUUAUGGAACUAUUCCUCCUGAGUUUGGUGAGCUCAACAAUCUUCAAGAAUUGAUUGUUUCUGGUAAUAACCUCUAUGGUGAGAUUCCAACUUCAGUUCUUAAGUGCAAGAAUCUCAAUAAGCUUGACUUGAGCAACAACAAGUUCAAUGGCACGAUACCAGCGGAUAUAUGCAAUACCUCAAGAUUGCAAUAUUUGCUGUUGGGGGAGAACUUAAUUAGAGGGGAGAUACCUCAUGAGAUAGGGAACUGUGUAAAAUUGCUUGAGUUGCAAAUGGGGAAUAAUGAACUUAUUGGAAGUAUCCCUUCUGAGAUUGGUCAUAUGAAGAACUUGCAGAUUUCACUGAAUUUGAGUCAUAAUCAUCUCCAUGGUCAAUUGCCUCAGGAUUUAGGAAAACUUGACAAGUUGGUUUCUUUGGAUGUUUCUGAUAAUCAGCUAUCCGGGAAUAUUCCAGCGGCGUUGAAGGGCAUGCAGAGUUUGAUAGAGGUUAAUUUUUCAAGCAAUCGAUUCACUGGACCAAUACCUACUUUUGCACCAUUUCAGAAAAGUCCUAAUUCAAGCUUUCUUGGAAACAAAGGGCUCUGUGGUGAUCCCUUGAGUGGUGGUUGUGGAGAUCUAAAUGGUUAUAACCACAGCAUUUACGGUCACAAGGUUUCUUACCGAAUCGUUUUGGCUGUUAUUGGUUCUGGUUUGGCAGUUUUUGUAUCUGUUACAGUGGUUGUUUUGCUGUUCAUGAUGAGGGAAAAUCAAGAGAAAGCAGCUGCCAAGGAAGCUGGAAUUACCAUUGAGGAAACUUCUAGCAAACCAGUUAUACUAGCGGGAAAUGUCUUCGUUGACAAUCUAAAGCAAGCAAUUGAUUUUGAUGCAGUUGUAAAAGCAGUCAUGAAAGACUCAAAUAAGAUUAGUGUUGGUACUUUCAGCACCGUCUAUAGAGCAGACAUGCCUUCCGGGAUGAUUUUGUCGGUUAAGAAACUAAAGUCUAUGGACAGAACUAUAAUUCAUCACCAGAGUAAGAUGAUCAGAGAGCUUGAAAAGCUUAGUAAGCUCGUUCAUGAUAACCUAGCCAGGCCUAUCGGGUUUGGAAUCUAUGAAGACGCUGUUCUUCUGUUGCAUCAAUAUUAUGCAAACGGGACGUUGGCUCAAUAUCUUCAUAACUCUAGCCAGGAACCUGAAUAUAAACCGGACUGGCCAACAAGACUUGCCAUCGCCGUUGGAGUUGCAGAAGGAUUGGCAUUCCUCCAUCAUGUGGCCAUCAUCCAUCUUGACAUUUCUUCGGGGAACGUGCUUCUUGAUUCUAAUUUCAGGCCUUUGGUUAGUGAAGUUGAAAUAUCUAGGCUUCUGGAUCCAUCUAGAGGGACUGCAAGUAUCAGUGCUGUUGCCGGCUCAUUUGGAUAUAUUCCCCCAGAGUAUGCAUAUACAAUGCAAGUAACAGCUCCUGGAAACGUUUAUAGUUAUGGGGUUGUUUUGCUCGAGAUCCUUACCACUCGAUUACCUGUUGAUGACGAUUUUGGUGAAGGAAUAGAUUUGGUUAAAUGGGUACAUGGUGCACCUACGAGGGGGGAAACACCGGAACAGAUACUCGAUGCAAGGCUUAGCACCAUUUCUUUUUCUUGGAGAAAGGAAAUGUUAGCAGCGUUAAAGGUUGCGUUGCUGUGCACUGACGUGACACCAGCAAAACGACCAAAGAUGAAGAAGGUGGUAGAAAUGCUGCAAGAAAUCACAGAAAGCUAAAUGAAGUUUGCAUCAUCAAUGUCUGUCUUGAUUUCGUUCCUUCAUAUGAAUGCUUCCGUGAAAAUGCUAGUGUACGACAUACUUAGUCGAGGGGACAAAAUGGUCGAACUCUAUAUACUGGUCGGGGGCAGCUGUUUAUUGUGUCUUACCAUUUUGUACUGGGGCUUCAAUCAUAUGAUCAAGAGUUCUUUUUCUCCAAAACAUGUAAAUGUUGGUGAAACAGAUCAACAUCUUUCCUUUUCCUGUCCUCUUUUCUGGUAAAUUGCUUCCAAAUUAAAUAUAGAUUCAAUCAUAGUUAAAGUAUCUAUUCAA